UAUCUGUUACAAUUACUGGAACAUCAACAAUGGAGUCUUCAAGAAUUAGUUUGCGUGCAUUCAGAGAGACAGAUGUUGAUGAUGUGAUGACAUGGAUCAGUGAUGAUCGAGUAACUCGGGCCAUCCGAUGGGACACUUUGAAUUCGAAACAAGAAGCAUUGACCUUCAUCAAGGAAGUGUGUAUACCUCAGCCUUGGCAUGUAUCAAUAUGUAUAGACGGUCGAUCCAUCGGAUUCCUAUGGGUGGUCUAUCCAUCAUUGGGUCCUGACAAGGAUCAAGCUGCAGAUAUAGGUUACGCGAUUGCAGUUGAGUACUGGGGGCAGGGGAUUGCUACUAAGGCACUCAAAAUGGCAAUACCUAAAGUGUUCAAUGACUUUCCUGGAAUAGUAAAGCUUCAAGCUUUUGCUGUCGUGGAGAACAAGGCUUCUCAUAGGGUUUUGGAGAAGGCUGGGUUUCUAUACCAAGAUUCGUUAACUUGGCAUGGCAACUUCAAGGGAAAGGUAGAUGCUGUUGAUUUGGUAAUUUACAGUUUACUGUCCAAAGACGUUGCUCCUCCAAGUUCUUAAUUUCAAAAGAAUGUAACUCUAUGAUGUGCAAGUUCAGUUUCUUUUAUGUACUAGUACUAUUUAUUAAAAGCUACUUUGCUACUUCCAUGUAAAAGGAUGGUUCUAGGAGUAGAAAAAUAUGGUGACUAGUUCCAAAUCAAGUGAAAUUUGGUUGGUUGGCCUGAUUACAAUUUUA